CCUUUCAGGAGGGUUGUGCGACCCUCUCCUUCGCUCGGAGCUCUCAGCGAACGGACGCUCGCAAAGAUCCGGGAAGAGACCGCUCUGCUGAAGUAAGCACGUCGGCCGUACUAUCAAUGAGAGAGGGAAUGGGUGGAAGACUUUUUCUUUGUGGAUAAGCAAGAGUGCAAGAUAAGUUACUGCUCUCUUUGGCAUGCAGCGUGACCGGGCAGCCUCCGGAGUUUCCGUUAUUUAUUCAGGACUCCACCUGAAGCCCCUGCAGUCUCCUCCUCCAUGAUUGGCCGGACAAAACCCUCCCUGACUUUUCCAUGGAAGGCAAACGGGAGCACCCCAGCUUCUGACGGCCCGCACCGCCUGACUCCUCGGUAAUGCCCGUUCCUGCCCAACAGAAGAUGCCGGCCGCGAUCCGGGUGCUGCUCCUGGUCGCCCUCUCCAGGGGUGUCCUGGUCUCGCUCGCCGACUCCAGCUUCGCCCGGAAGGAGAUCAAGAUCGAGGGGGACCUGGUGCUGGGGGGCCUCUUCCCCGUCCACGAGAAGGGCCUGGGCAUGGACGAGUGUGGCCGGAUCAACGAGGACCGCGGGAUCCAGCGCCUGGAGGCCAUGCUGUUCGCCAUCGACGAGAUCAACAGUGACCCCACAUUGCUGCCCGGGGUGACGCUGGGGGCGCACAUCCUCGACACCUGCUCCAGGGACACCUACGCGCUGGAGCAGUCUCUGGAGUUCGUCAGGGCGUCGCUGACCAAAGUGGACGACACAGAGUUUAUCUGCCCCGACGGGUCGUACGCACUCCAGGAAAACACCCCAUUGGCCAUAGCAGGUGUUAUCGGGGGCUCCUACAGCAGCGUCUCUAUCCAGGUUGCCAACUUGCUGCGACUCUUCCAGAUCCCUCAGAUCAGCUACGCAUCCACCAGCGCUAAGCUAAGCGACAAGUCCCGCUACGACUACUUCGCCCGGACAGUCCCGCCCGACUUCUACCAGGCCAAGGCCAUGGCGGAGAUCCUGCGCUUCUUCAACUGGACGUACGUGUCGACGGUGGCGUCGGAGGGCGACUACGGCGAGACGGGCAUCGAGGCCUUCGAGCAAGAGGCCCGCCUGCGCAACAUCUGCAUCGCCACCUCCGAGAAGGUGGGCCGCUCCAACGCCAAGAAGUCAUACGACGCCGUCAUCCGCCAGCUGCUUCAGAAGCCCAACGCCCGGGUGGCGGUGCUGUUCAUGCGCAGCGAUGACGCCCGCGAGCUCCUCGCCGCCGCUGCCCGCCUGAACGCCUCGCUCAUCUGGAUCGCCAGCGACGGCUGGGGGGCGCAGGAGAGCAUCGUCAAGGGCAACGAGCACGUGGCCGACGGCGCCAUCACGCUGGAGCUGGCCGCCCACCCCGUCCGGGAGUUCAACCGCUACUUCCAGCGCCUCCACCCCAGCACCAACCUGCGCAACCCCUGGUACAAGGACUUCUGGGAGCAGAAGUUCCAGUGCUCCCUGGGUGGGCCCGGCGGGGACAGGGCGCACAAGCUGUGCGACAGGCACCUGGCGGUCGACAGCUCCAACUUCGAGCCGGAGUCCAAGAUCAUGUUCGUGAUGAACGCGGUGUACGCCAUGGCCCACGCCCUGCACAAGAUGCAGCGCACGCUGUGCUCCAACACCACGCAGCUGUGCGACGCCAUGAAGGCCUUGGACGGGAGGAAGCUGUACAGGGAUUACCUCCUCAACAUCAACUUCAAGGCUCCUUUCUCCCCUCCUGGGAUUGACAGUGUCGUGAAGUUCGACGCCAAUGGCGACGGGAUGGGCCGCUACAACAUCUUCAACUACCAGCAGACGGCAGAGAGGCACGGCUACAUCCAGGUGGGGGAGUGGGCGGAGUCGCUGAGCCUCAGCAGUGAGCUGGUGCGCUGGCCGCGGGGGGUGGUGGGCACGCCCACUUCGCAGUGCAGCGACCCGUGCGCCCGCAACGAGAUGAAGAAGAUGCAGGCGGGCGAGUACUGCUGCUGGAUCUGCACCGCGUGCGAUGCGCACGAGUACCUGGCCGACGAAUUCACCUGCGCCCCCUGCAGCCCCGGGCAGUGGCCCAACGAGGACCUGACGGGCUGCUACGACCUGCCCGAGGACUACAUCCUGUGGGAGGACGCCUGGGCCAUCGGGCCCGUCGCCAUCGCCUGUGUGGGCUUCAUCUGCACUGCCCUGGUGGCCGGCGUCUUCAUCCGCCACAACGACACGCCGCUGGUCAAGGCCUCGGGCCGCGAGCUCUGCUACAUCCUCCUGCUGGGCGUCUUCAUGUCCUACGGCAUGACCUUCUUCUUCAUCGCUAAGCCCUCUCCCGCCAUCUGCACGCUGCGCCGCCUCGGCCUGGGAACUUCAUUCGCUGUCUGCUACUCCGCCCUGCUCACCAAGACCAACCGCAUCGCGCGCAUCUUCGGCGGGGUGAAGGACGGCGCCCAGCGGCCGCGCUUCAUCAGCCCCAGCUCGCAGGUCUUCAUCUGCCUCAGCCUCAUCUCCGUGCAGCUGGUGCUGGUGUCCGUCUGGCUCCUGCUGGAAGUGCCGGGGACGCGACGCUUCACGCUGCCCGAACGCCGCGAGACCGUCAUCCUCAAGUGCAACGUGCGCGACUCCAGCAUGCUGCUGUCGCUCUCCUACGACGUGGUGCUGGUCGUCCUCUGCACCGUCUACGCCUUCAAGACCAGGAAGUGCCCUGAGAACUUCAACGAGGCCAAGUUCAUCGGCUUCACCAUGUACACCACCUGCAUCAUCUGGCUGGCCUUCCUGCCCAUCUUCUACGUCACCUCCAGCGACUACAGGGUGCAGACCACCACCAUGUGCAUAUCGGUCAGCUUGAGCGGCUUCGUGGUGCUGGGGUGCCUGUUCGCCCCCAAGGUCCACAUCAUCAUGUUCCAGCCGCAGAAGAACGUCACCAGCCACCGGCACAACCUCAACCGCUUCAGCGUCAGCGGGGCCGGGGCGCCGUACUCUCACGGUUCUGUGAGCGCUCAUUAUGUGCCGACCGUCUGCAACGGGAGAGAGAUCGUCGACUCCACCACUUCCUCCCUGUGACCCCUGCACGACCCCCAAGCCCCUCCUUUUAGACUGUUAGCAAAUUUGCACAUAUUGUGCGCCUCCUGUGAACUAGUACCAUUAAUGUAGAAACCGUGUAUUACAUUAUUUUUAAGGGCUGUACAUAGAAACUGACACUGUUGUAGAGAAAAAAAAAACUUUAUAGGACAUUUUUGGGGAGUUUGUUUUUGAUAGUUUUACUAUGCUUUGUAAAUAACCAUGAAACCCAUUGUUAUAUGGUCCGUUUUUUGAAUGGAUGUAGCAGUAAUCCACUGAUCUGCUACACUUGGGAAUACUGGACAAACUUUAUUUGUCUUCUUCUUUUGUAGACCUCAUUGUGAUAACUGACCCAGUAUGCGUUUAUAUGUUGUAUAUAAUAUGUACAUUACCUUUAAAUGAUGGUUUUAACAGCACAAGCUACACAAAUUGACAAAGAAUAUCUAAAAAUGCAACUGUAAAACCCCUCUACAUAUUAAUUGGUGUAAAAAGUCCAUAGGACUUCAAAGACACUUGUGUGGAUUUGGCGCUAACUUCAAAUCACGGAGCAAGCAUCACAACGAUGAAAAACUAGGCAAUCUGACCGAUUAACACAUAAAACCUUUAGUAAAAUGCAGUGUUUAACAAUGGCUUUUUGUGCCUUAUCUUGUGUCCUGUAGUUUUGUAUGGAGGUUGUGCAUAUGUGAGGUGCAGGGGCAGCGUGCUGCCUUUGUUGAGGCUGCUUCCAUUGGCGGACUUGGACGAUGACUUACGUUCUGAUGUCCUAGGACGUUGCCAUUUCAUAGACUGCAGCUACGUCGAACCAAUCCGAGUCACACCAACUGCUGUUAAAACGACGGGCAACAGUGUUUAAAGGUGAUGUGAAUGCCUUUGUGAUGUUGGUUUAUUUGCAUACGAAGGCUUGAAAAGUCAUAUUGUGGACUGUAAAAUACAACCCAAAAGCAAAUUUGAGAGUUGAAGUAGCACUGUCAAACACCUAAUAGUAAGAAAGCAUUACAAAAAGGAGUAUUCCCAAAGCCAUUCACAUUUAUUAAAUCAUCAUAACAACAAUGAAUAACAAUUAUAUUUUCGACAUGACUUGUACAACUCAGCUUAAUGUACAUCAUUAUACAAAAUAUACAAAAAAGGUGAAAAUUGGUUCUCGCGCAUCUGAGGACAUUACCGCGGUGAACUUCCUUUGACCCGUCUUCCAGUGUAUGGGAGGUAU